ACAGCUGUAUUUUAAAAUGAGACGGAGAUGUAAUCGAUCACUCCCAAUCCAUAUGUAAGUGACACAGGCAUCCCAAUGCGCAUACUAUAUGUGGCAAGGCAUUCUUGGUGCUGGGCUAGUGGCCCUCUCUGGAUUAUGUUGGAUUUUCAAUCCGCUCGGCUUGCGUGAUUAAGAGGGCACAAGUGGUCUUCCAAAUUUGCAUCCCAAAGACAAGGACCUAGCUCCCACCUACAAAAGCGUAUACUAGUGUGGACCAAAACCCCUUACCACGGGGCACGGGCCCUCACCAAGUUUCAUUCUUCGUACGAAACUACUCCAUGAAUUCGCAUUGCAGGGCUCCAAAAAAAACAAGCGAAAUCCUACAGCAGCAGUAUUGCUCGCGCUGCACCUCUACUCUAGUCUGCCACCGGCGAAGCGCGCCGCUCGAGCCUUCUCUCCAAAAACCCCUAUAAAACCACCGCUUCGCACAGUAAAACCUCCACCUAGUUGGCAGUAAAAAAAGCGCCGCUACCUACACACACAACCGCUCUGCACAAGGGGCCAUGGACAACAAGCCGGCGCAAGAACGCCGCGAGACGUGGGUCCCGGGCGCCGUCAUCGUCGGCGCGGGCCCGUCGGGGCUCGCCGCGGCGGCGUGCCUCGCGGCGCGGGGCGUUCCGGCGACGGUGCUUGAGCGGUCCGACUCGCUGGCGUCCACGUGGCGCCACCGCAUGUACGACCGCCUCGCUCUCCACCUGCCCAAGCGCUUCUGCGAGCUGCCGCUCCUCCCGUUCCCGGAGGAGUACCCGACGUACCCGUCCAAGGACCAGUUCGUGGCGUACAUGGAGGCGUACGCCGCGGCGGCGGGCGUCGCGCCGCGCUUCGGCGCCACCGUCGAGGAGGCCGCGUUCGACGCGGCCGUCGGCGCAUGGAGGGUGCGUCUCGACGGCGGGGAGGUGCUCAUGGCGCGGUGGCUCGUCGUCGCGACGGGGGAGAACGCCGAGCCGCGGGUGCCGGACUUUCCCGGCAUGCAGAAGUUCGCCGGGUGUGCCAUGCAUACUUCCGAGUACAAGUCCGGCGAGCAGUUUGCCGGUAAGAAGGUGUUGGUCGUGGGAUGCGGGAAUUCUGGCAUGGAAGUGAGCUUGGAUUUGUGCCGGCAUGGCGCGAAGCCCUCCAUGGUGGUGCGCAACACGGUGCAUGUCCUACCAAGGGAAAUGUUCGGUCUAUCCACGUUCGGCAUCGCCAUGGCGCUGCUGCGAUGGCUACCGGUUCAGCUCGUCGACCGGUUCCUUCUCACGGCGGCUCACCUCAUCCUCGGUAACACGGGGCAGUUCGGCCUAAGGCGGCCCAAAACAGGGCCCAUCGAGCUCAAGAACCUCACCGGCAGGACACCCGUACUGGACGUUGGGACGCUAGACCACAUCAAAUCCGGCAAAAUUAAGGUAGUGGGAGCAGUGAAGGAGAUGACGAGGCAAGGGGUCAGGUUCACGGAUGGCAAGGAGGAGCAAUUCGACACAAUAAUCCUCGCCACAGGCUACAGGAGCAACGUGCCAUCUUGGCUCAAGGAUGCCGGUGACUUGUUCACGAGGGAGGGCAUUUCCAAGGUCCCCUUCCCUAACAGCUGGAGAGGGCGGAAUGGUCUCUACACCGUCGGAUUCACUCAGCGGGGGCUCCUCGGCACGUCAUCGGACGCCCUCAACGUCGCCAAAGACAUACAUUGCCAAUGGAGAGAAAGGGACCGAUCUGCUAUUAAUGUACUUGAAAUAAGCAACUCUUCCUUUUGAUUUGACUGGAAAUGUACAGUGUUUUGAUUAGGAAUAUUGUAUUGUGUGCAUAUAACACCAUGUUCUAUCUCCCUUUUCAACAAAGACUGAUAAUCUUGCUCUGCCUUAUGUCGA